ACGCGUCUCCCCGCCUCCCGCCUCUCCCAUCUUCACGUCGCGCUCUCCCUCUUCACCGAUCACCCACCAUGCUUGAAGCCAGACUCCGCGAAGCUGCCCUGCUCAAGCGUCUUCUCGACUCCAUCAAGGAACUCGUCACAGACGCCAACUUCGAGUGCAACGAAGAAGGAAUCUCCCUGCAAGCGAUGGACAACUCGCACGUCGCCCUCGUCUCAGUCAAGCUCGACGCGCUCGGCUUCCAGCGCUACCGCUGCGACCGCCCUAUCCCGCUCGGCGUCAACCUCGCCUCGCUCACCAAGGUCCUCAAGUGCGCAAAGGACGAUGAUAUCUGCGUCGUCAAGUGCUCCGACGACGCCGACGUGCUCAACCUCACAUACGAGGCGCGCAGCUCAGACCGCAUCGCCGAAUACGACCUCAAACUCAUGGACAUCGACUCGGACACACUCGGCAUCCCAGACACCGAAUACGACGCGCGCGUGACGAUGCCCGCGUCCGAGUUCACGCGCAUCGUGCGCGACCUCUCGCAGCUCGGCGAGUCCGUCCGCAUCGAGGUCUCCAAGGAGGGCGUGCGCUUCGCCUCCGACGGCGAGGCCGCCAACGGCAACGUUCUUCUCAAGCAGACUGAGUCUGCGAGGGAGAAGUAUAAGGAUUAUGGGAAGGACCAGGAGGAGCCUGAGCCGAAGGAGGAGGGGGAUGAUGAUGAUGAUGAGCCGAAGGAGGAGGACGAUGAGGAUAGGGAGGAGGGGAGCAGUAAGGGGAAGAAGAAGGUCAAGAAGGAGAAGGUGGGGGGUAAGGUGAAGAAAGAAGCUGCAGAUGAUGUCGAUAUGGACGAUGCAGACGAGGACGAGGAUAAGGAGAAAUCGGACGACGGGGAGGAGGAGAAGGACUCGGAUGACGAGGACUCCUCAUCCAAGAAGCGCAAGCGGCCUACAACCAACGGCAAGCCCGCAAAGAAAGCCAAGAAGGGCGAGCAGGGCGGCGCCCCCGCGGACGACGGCGGCGUGUUCAUCGAGAUGAACCAGCACGUCGCGCUCACCUUCUCGCUCAAGUAUCUCGUCAAUUUCUCCAAGAGCCAGACCCUCUCCAACACCGUCCAGCUCAUGAUGAGCAGCGAUGUGCCAUUACUCUGCUCGUACAAAUUCGGCCAGGGCGAGAUCAAGUACUACCUCGCGCCUAAGAUCGGCGAAGAGUAAAGCUAGCAAAGGGGAAUCGACAAAAAGGAGGGCCGUGGUUUGUUCUCGUGCAUCUUGAAUUUUUUUCUUCCCAUCUCUCGUCUCGUCUCAUCUCGUCCUUGUUCUCAGCCAGAGUCAUACGUAUAUCUGUAUCUAUCGACCGUUUAUCGCGCAAUUAUAAUUGACGUUCAC